AUGUCAACUUUGCAUAGUGAUUCCGAUACACGAACACGAAGUAUUAGCACAACGUCUUACAGAGGUGCUGUACAUGAGACCGACGAACUGAAAAAGUUCCGUUAUUAUUGGUGGAAAACUGGUAUAAUGCACUCCAAGGCCAAAUGGGAUGAGGCAACAUUACCAUACGAACUUGCUUCUGAUGUUUCGUAUGAUGCUUAUGUUGAACAAACGGAUAAGCACAAUAUCCAUGGCUGGUGGGAAUGGGAAAAUGGUACGGUUCGUGUUGUUGAAUUUCCUUCAGGAUUCCUUGAAAGCUGUGUUGGUGCAAUUGUUCAGGAAAUUUAUGAUACAACAAGAAAUGUAAAGGGUACAUACGCAGACAUUCUAUCUCUCGGAGCUACAACAACAAGGUCACAUGAAUUCGCCAAAGAAGCGCACGCAUCUUUUCGCCCAAAUCAAAAACCUCAUGUGAAUGCGGGUGGAUCUGACGGAGAGACACGACCUUGGCCAAAUAUUGUAGUAGAGGGUGCACACUCGCAAUCUGUGGCAUAUCUUUUAAGUAAAGUCGAGAAUUAUUGGCUCAAACCUGGAAGAGCUCAUGAUGCAAUUGCCAUCAAAAUAGAGCCAACUACCCCGCUAUCAGUAAUGACUGCAUGGCACUAUUGUAUAAAUAAUCGAACAAAUAUUGGUGCAUUAUCACCGUUAAUA